AUGGACCAUUGGUCCAAGUUUCAAGUACUUUGUUUUGUCGUCAAAAAAAUGAAGCUUUCGACACUUCUUUCAAUUGCCGUUAGUUUAUUGUUAAAUUAUCCUGAUGCUGCGUUCGCACAAGAUCAAGCAUAUGUACCUUUCGACAAAACAAAACUUGAUCUGUCUUCUUUCUUCGAACAAUUUGAUUAUGAAGCACUUCAUGAAUCGAACUGGAAAGUAUCUCAUGCCACCAAACCAGACCAAUCUGUGUAUGAAGGAGAAUGGGAUUUAGAUACACCAACAGUAUUUCCAGGAUUUGUCAACGACAAAGCUUUGGCUGUAAAAACUUCAGCUGCUUACCAUGCAAUUUCCUACGUCUUGGAUAACCCAUUUGAUAAUACAGACCGUGACUUGGUUUUGCAGUAUGAGGUCAAGGCUGAGAAAGGCAUAAAUUGUGCUGGUGCUUAUAUUAAGUUAUUGGAUGCUGAAUCAGUUAAUGAAUCUGCAGAUAACUUUAGCAACAGAACGCCAUUUCAAAUUAUGUUUGGGCCAGAUAAAUGUGGUGAAAGUAAUAAAUUACAGUUCAUAAUUCGGAGGGAAAAUCCACUAACUGGUAGCAUAGAAGAAAAGGUGUUAACCUCUCCUCCAUUAGCUCGCUCUGGGAAACUCUCUACUUUGUAUACCCUUAUUUUGAAAAAGUCUCAAGAUUUUGAGAUAAGGAUCAAUGGUAGAGUUGCAAAGGCUGGAAAUUUAGUAGGCGAUCCCAGUUUACUUUAUCCAGAACUUAAUCCAUCGAAGGAAUCCAUUGAUAUUCACGAUGUGCAGCCGGAUGAUUGGGACGAUGAUGAAUAUAUUCCAGAUCCAGAAAUAACCGAGAAACCAGCGGAUUACGAUGAAAAAUACUAUUCUCAUUCGAUCGAUGAUCCAAAAGCCGUGAAACCUGAAGACUGGGAUGAAUCUGAGCCAGAAUUUAUAAUUGAUCCACAAGCAGAAAUUCCUGAAGAUUGGGAUGAAGAAGAAGAUGGUGAUUGGGAAGGGCCAAUAAUUGCAAACCCAAAAUGUGUUUCAAUUGGUUGCGGUAAAUGGUCGCCCCCUAGCAUCCCGAAUCCAAAUUACAAAGGCCCUUGGAUUCGUCCAGUUAUUCCAAAUCCGAAUUAUCAGGGUGAGUGGAAACCAAGAACAAUCCCAAAUCCAAAUUAUUAUGAAGACCUUACACCAUCGAAUUUGAAACUAAUUGGUGGUAUAGGAUUUGAAUUAUGGACGAUGGAAAACCAGAUAAUGUUUGACAACAUUUACUUAGGUCAUAGCCUAGAAGAGGCAGAGUUAAUUGGAAAUACUACAUUUAUUCCAAAAGAAAUUCUUGAAAGAAAAUCUCAUGAAGCAAAUAGACCACGAGCUAAGAAUGAACCUGUGCCUCCGCCAAAAAGCUUCGAAGAUUUAUUUUCAGAGGAGAGUGAAUCUUCGUUGAGCAGGUUUUAUUUCCUAAUUUCGGAAACUUUAAUAGCAAAGUAUUCAAAAGUUGAAAGCUUUUAUGGUGAAUUCCGUCAGAGUCCAUUAGAAACUGUUGUAAAUCAUCCUUUCAAGUUUGUUGGCUAUUGUAUAGGAUUUGUCUUUACAUUUACAUUAACGUUCGGAUUAAUGUCUACUGUUGUGUAUAUAGUUUCAGGUCCUGUAGCAAUUCCUGAGAAGCAAGAAACGAGUUCAAGCACUUUGAAGGAAGAAAAAAAUUACGAGGAAGAAGUGACACCAUCUGCGAAAUCAUCAGGCUCAAAAACAACUUUGAAGGAAUCAAAAGCUACAAGAAGACGUUAA